AUGUCUCCAAUAAUAAAGUAUUCACUCGUGGCUGGAAUAUUACGUUUAUUUUUGAUUAUGUAUGGAGAAUGGCAAGAUAAAUAUUUUGUUGUCAAGUAUACUGACGUGGAUUACAAAGUGUUCACCGAUGCUGCAAGAUAUGUUGCAAAUGGAGAAUCGCCCUACCAACGAGCAACCUAUCGUUACACACCAUUGUUAGCUUGGAUAUUAGUGCCCGCUACUACCUUGAGAAUGUCAUAUGGAAAGCUUCUCUUCUCAGGUUGUGAUAUUCUAUCUGGAUGGCUUAUUUUUGCGAUAUUAUCAAUAAAAAAAGUUACUGACAGUAAUAAGAUAAUUUGCACUAACUUAUGGCUUUUCAAUCCACUGACAAUUACCGUAUCUACUAGAGGCAAUGCUGAGUCUUUACUAUGCGUUUUAGUACUAUCAUCUAUUUAUUUCAUGUUGGAAAGACGUACAACAAUGUCCGCAUUUUCAUUGGCCCUUGCAAUUCAUUUUAAACUAUAUCCAGUCAUUUAUACGCUACCUCUUCUAUUAUCAUUACAUGACAUUUACUACGAUAGCGAUAAAGUUAAUUACCAUUACAAUAUAUGGUUAAAUUUAUUGUGGAAAUUAACCAGGUUUGAGAUAAUCAAGUUUAUUUCGAUUUGGUUACUAACCUUAAUAGCAAUCAACGGCUUAAUGUAUUGUUUGUAUGGACUGGAUUACAUUCAGGAGGCCUAUUUAUACCAUCUGACCAGAGUGGAUACUCGUCACAAUUUUUCGUUAUAUUUUUACAUGAUGUAUAUAAAUGUAGAAUCGUGGCUUGGAUCGAUUAUUAGCAGAUUAGCUUUCAUUCCACAGCUAAUACUGAUGUUGAUUAUAUCAUUGUAUUCGUAUACUGAUAUUUGCUUCUGUAUGUUCGUUCAGACCUUUGCCUUCGUCACCUUCAAUAAAGUCUGUACAUCACAGUAUUUUUUAUGGUAUCUAUCCCUUCUACCUUUGGUGUUGGCGAAUAAUAGAUUACUUAAUAAGCCUAAAUAUUCCGCUACUUUAGGCAUUACCUGGUUUUUAUCACAGGUAGUCUGGCUUUUCUUUGCAUACUUGGUAGAGUUCAAAGGAAAGAAUACCUUUGUACUCAUAUGGAUUGGUUCCAUUUUGCAUUUUUUUGUAAAUAUUUUUGUUUUAGCAGAAGUAAUAAGACAUCAUAGGAUAGGCUUUUUACUAAUGGUAUAA